AGCCUGCAGUGCUCUCUGUACGGUGCGUGUCACGUGGUGACAGAGGAACAGGAAGUGCUCUCUUCUAGGUACUGGGCUCUGAUUGGGUGGACCUGCUGUCCCAUUUGCAGAGCCCAGAGUCACGUGACGGUCUGUCAGGUGUAGAUAUACACAAGGCCGGGGAUAUGGCGACAGCAGUUGUGGAGUUUUCCUUCCUAUAAUGUGUGACCUGCCUUCUCCACUCAUGCCGUCCCUACGCAAGAUAUGGGUGAUGACAACAGCAGCAGCUGCCUUGAGCCUUCCAUUCUUGGGAGCAUAGACCUUCACAAGAGACUGCUCCAGUUUGUAGAAGAAAGAAUGCACACCACCAUGUGGACCGGAAUCUUGAUAGGAGCUGCUGUUGCCCUGUUCCUUAUUGGGAUUGUUGUGUUCAUCAUAUACAGGAGAUAUAGGCAAUCCAAGCAGCAACAGCCGGAGGUACCGCGCUACCGUUUUAGAAAAAGGGACAAAGUGAUGUUUUAUGGCCGAAAGAUUAUGAGAAAGGUCACAACAUUGCCCAACAGUUUGGUAGGGAAUACAGUUUCAAGACCGCGAUCAAGAAAAAGAGUGAAAGUCUUAACAUUGGCUAAAAGAAUACUUCGUUUUAAGAAAGAAUACCCAACCUUACAAAAGAAAGAGCCGCCCCCCUCACUACUAGAAGCAGAUCUCACAGAGUUUGAUGUUAAAAAUUCUCACUUGCCAUCAGAAGUUCUUUACAUGUUGAAGAACGUACGGGUAUUAGGGCACUUUGAAAAGCCUCUUUUCCUGGAACUCUGUAAACACAUGGUAUUUGUCCAGCUUCAUGAAGGCGAAUAUAUCUUCCGGCCAGGACAGCUGGAUAACAGUAUAUAUGUAGUGCAAGAUGGAAUGCUAGAAGUCUGCAUACAAGAAAGUGAUGGGAACGAGAUGGUGGUGAAGGAGGUUUUAGCUGGAGACAGUGUGCAUAGCCUGCUCAGUAUUCUGGAUGUCAUCACUGGACACCCGGCUCCCUACAAGACAGUUUCAGCAAGAGCCGCCACAGCUUCCACCAUCUUGAGGCUUCCAGCUAACGCGUUUCAAGAUGUGUUUUCCAAGUACCCCGAGACCCUUGUGAGGGUAGUGCAGAUUAUAAUGGUCAGGCUGCAGAGAGUGACAUUCUUGGCACUACACAACUACCUGGGUCUAACCACAGAGCUGUUUAACUCCGAAAUCCAGGCAAUCCCUUUGCUUUCAGUAGCAAGUCUGACCUCUGGGCCAGGGAGCAGCAAAGCAGUCAGACGGCAAGUGUCUACUAUGUCUAUGGAAGAAGACCAACCCGAUAAGGCAGAAAAACCUUUAGAAUCUCAACCAGAUCAAGAUAUGGGGAUUCUGGACCCCAGUAAAUUCUCAGCCUGUGAUGGCUCCAGUACUGGUCAUCGGAGAAGUCGAUCAUCUUCAAGUCUAGCUGAAAUCCCAGAGAGCCCCAAAGCAGCUAAUUCUGACAUGGACAUGGCAUACGAGAGAGCUAGAGUCAGCCUUACGCCUGAUGACUUUCCUCCCAGCCCAGUGAAUAAGCCUAUCCUGAAGAAAUCUGUGACAGUGACGGAAACCCCUUCUGUUGUCUAUCAUUACACGGAGGAAGAUCUACUUAUCCCAGAGUUUAGUGUCAAUAGACAUCUCAAUGCUGUGUUUGAGGCUGCAAAAAAGGACCUCUCCACUCUGAUAAAGCUUAAGGACCCGUUGCUGCUGAAUGGAAGAGUGACCUUACAUCAAGUUAAGGGUGGCACUGUCCUGUCCAGACAAGGAGACCAGGAUGUCAACAUCCGGUUUGUCAUCUCCGGCCUCCUCCAUGUCUACCAGAGGAAGAUUGACAGGGAGGAAGAGACCUGUCUUUUUAUCACACACCCGGGGGAGUUGGUGGGACAACUGGCCGUCUUAACAGGAGAGCCCCUGAUAUUCACCAUUAAAGCUAAUCGUGACUGUGCUUUCUUGUCUAUUUCCAAGUGUCACUUCUAUGAAAUAAUGCGGGAGCAGCCCAGCGUAGUCCUUGGUGUCGCUCACACAGUAGUGAAGCGGAUGUCUCCAUUCGUCAGACAGAUUGAUUUUGCAUUGGACUGGAUGGAGGUGGAGGCAGGCCGUGCUGUCUAUAGGCAAGGUGAUAAAUCAGACUGCACCUACAUUGUGCUUAAUGGUCGACUCCGCUCUGUCAUCAGGAAGGAUGAUGGAAAGAAGCAGCUAACGGGUGAAUAUGGCAGAGGAGACCUGAUUGGAGUGGUGGAAGCCUUAACGCACCAGCCCAGAGCCACAACAGUUCACGCUGUACGAGAUUCUGAACUUGCCAAACUUCCAGAGGGAGCUCUAACGUCUAUCAAACGCAAGUAUCCACAGGUGGUAACCCGGCUCAUUCAUCUGCUCGGAGAGAAGAUUCUUGGCAGCCUGCAGCAGGUCAAUGGGCCCCUUACAGGUCACAGUCUGGGGCUUCAUACCACUGGCAACAAGUGGGAUUCUGGGAAUCCAGCCAGCAACCUCUCAACAGUAGCCAUACUGCCAGUAUCAGAAGAUGUACCACUCACAGCCUUCACAUUGGAGUUAAAACAUGCCCUGAGUGCAGUGGGGCCCACUUUGUUGCUUACCAGUGACAAUAUCAAGCAGCGCCUUGGAUCGGCUGCUCUGGACAGUGUGCAUGAGUACAGACUAUCCAGCUGGCUUGGCCAACAAGAAGACAUUCACCGAAUUGUCUUGUACCAAUCUGACUACUGCCUCACACCAUGGACCCAGCGCUGCAUACGGCAGGCAGACUGUAUCCUCAUUGUCGGGCUUGGAGAGCAGGAACCCACUGUUGGAGAACUGGAGAAGAUGCUUGAGAAUACUGCUGUGCGGGCUCAGAAACAACUGAUUAUCCUCCAUAAGGAAGAUGGACCUCCACCCUCCCGUACUGUUGAAUGGCUCAAUAUGAGGAGCUGGUGUUCAGGCCAUCUCCAUCUGAGCUGUCCACACCGUGUCUUUUCUAAGAGGAGUCUGCCAAAGCUGAUCGAAAUGUACGAGAGAGUAUCUCAGAAACCCCCGGAUCGCCAUUGUGAUUUUUCUCGUCUUGCCAGAGUGCUCACAGGAAAUGCCAUAGCGUUAGUGCUGGGAGGAGGUGGAGCAAGGGGUUGCUCCCAAGUAGGUGUCAUCAAGGCCCUGAUUGAGAGCGGCAUUCCUAUCGACAUGGUUGGAGGGACUUCAAUUGGAUCCUUUAUGGGGGCGCUGUAUGCAGAAGAGCGCAGCUUUAACCGUAUGAAGAUCAGGGCCCGGGAAUGGUGUAUGGACAUGACAUCCGUCUUCAAGAAGGUUCUGGACCUGACGUACCCCAUAACCUCCAUGUUCUCUGGAGCAGCCUUUAAUAGCAGCAUCAGCAGCAUCUUCAAGGACAAACAGAUAGAGGAUCUUUGGAUUCCUUACUUUAAUAUCACCACGGACAUCACAGCUUCAGCCAUGAGAGUGCACACAGACGGGAGUCUGUGGCGAUAUGUCCGUGCUAGCAUGUCUCUCUCAGGCUACAUGCCACCUCUUUGCGACCCCAAGGAUGGACACCUACUGAUGGAUGGGGGAUAUAUCAACAAUCUCCCAGCCGACGUAGCCCGUUCCAUGGGUGCCAAGGUGGUUUUAGCCAUUGAUGUGGGCAGCAGAGAUGAGACCAACCUGACUAAUUACGGUGAUGCCCUGUCUGGCUGGUGGUUGCUGUGGAAGAGGUGGAAUCCGCUGUCAGAGAAAAUCAAGGUGCUGAAUAUGGCAGAGAUCCAGACCCGGUUGGCAUAUGUGUGUUGUGUGCGGCAGCUGGAGAUGGUGAAGAAUAGUGAAUACUGCGAGUACAUUCGACCGCCAAUUGACAGAUAUGGCACGUUGGAAUUCGGCAAGUUUGAUGAGAUUUGUGAUGUGGGGCACCAGCAUGGGAAAACCGUCUUUAACGUCUGGAGUCGCAGUGGCGUCAUCGUCAAAAUGCUGAAGGACCGCCAAGAAACGUGCAAGUCCAAAACUUCAGAUCUGAACACCUGCCCCAACGCCUCCUUCACAGAUCUUGCAGAGAUCGUGUCUAGGAUUGAACCUGUGAAGACAGCCGUUGAUGAUGAGUCAGAUUAUCAGACAGAAUAUGAAGACGAAGACAAUUCAGACUUCAAAAGAGAGGACUAUGUCAACAUGCUGAGCAACCAAAGUGAUGAUGUUGUUUCUGACAGCGACGAAGAUGCAGAGAUGGAAGUGCGUCAGCGCACCGGGGUGGUGAGAUGGCAAGCACCUGACAAAAUCCAGGAGAAUAGUUGAGUCGUGAAAAGCUGGGGAAACUCGCUGUAGGCUCCUCCUCUCAGGUUGAGUCACGCCAUGCAGUCUCAGGCGUUACACCUGAACCGUUACUCUCUCCGUAGCAUGCGGUACAUGGCCGGGAGGACAAUAGCUGCAAUAGCAAAUGCAGAAAGUGCUGAUUAAAUGAAAAUAUGGUCGGAGAGAACCAAAAACAAUCUUUUAAGCCUUAAGUGCAUACAUUUCAUGCUUACUAGAUGACAUUCGGUUGAGCCUUAAGCUCAUUCAUAUAUUUCAUGUUUAGUUAAUGACAAUAGUUUUGGAAAAAAUGAAUCUAUAUAUAAAAAUUGAUAAUUUAACAAGUUUAUUUGGUAAAAACUCAAAACUGUUAAAGCUAUAGGGCAUUUAUAAUAUCUGAUAGCUGACACUGUUUGUGUGUUUUCAUUACUGGAGAUCUUGCCUUAUGUUCUGCUUCCACUAAGAGGGUAUAAAGCUGUGUGCCUCUUAACCAUUAAGUUGUUUUAUUGAGGUGCCAUUAGUUGCUGCUGGUACACAGUGACCUUGUUCAUUCAACAUUGUCACCCCUAAACCAAGCCUUCCUUGUUAAGGAAUGGUUCAAUCCUGCCCUAUGUAAUAACACACUUUAUGGGAAGAAUCCUAAAGGGAAAGCUAGCUUUGCAAUUUUUAUUAUAUAUGUUCAAUACAGCGCAAGUUGCAGAGUUCUCAUGGUUUUCCUUUUAACACCAAUAAAUCCAGUGUUUAAGUGCCUAGAUUGCCAGCUCAGUGUCUAAAUCCCAGUAGCCCUUUGUAAGCAUAUUCAGAAUAGGUUAGAAACUUGUACUACCUACUCUCUCCCUCCUGAUUGCUAGGACAGACCUUUAAAGUACAAUACCAACCAAACAUCCUAAUUGUAUUUUAGGAUCUCUGCUGUGUCUCCUCACUUCCUUACCCAGGGGAAACCCAGGGCAGUGACAUGGUCAUCGGUACCUAGUGAAUUCUAUAUCAGACCAUAUAGAAAAGGGAAGCCUUGGGUGUCACCAGGACAGGAAGUAGUGAAAUAUUUCCAACAGGCAUUUUGGCAGAGGUAAAAGAAAAUAGAGAGGAUCUAAAAUGUCCUUAUUUUAGAGUAGAAGUCUUUUUUUGGGAACCAAGAAAGGGAUAUGAGGAAACUUCAAUGAAAAAUGUGUCAAUUGAUUAUUAGAUAACUAUAUAAUAUAUGUAUAUUGUUUGGUCUGUGAAAUGUGAGAGGAUGGCUUAAAAAGGGUGAGCUUCAUAUAUUAAAAACCCAUUUUAUGACUUUGUCCGCCAUGACUGCAGGAACAUAUAUGCAGAUAAUAGAAUGUGGACAUACCCUGGCCUACUCAAUAUUUAUUUACAGAUAGCCUACACACAGAACAGUAGGGCUAGUGGAAGGCAGUUGCAUUCAUUUGGGGCUUCUUCUGGAAUUUAGAAGAAUUUUACUGCUUAAAGUGGAACUUCAAUCUCUCUCAAUUAACAUUGACCAUUUUUAAUCCUUAUGCUGCUAGUAUUAGUAAAUUUUUUUACAUCUAUUUCUUCAGUUACUUCCUGAUUUCCAGGUCUUUGCAAUGACGUCCUAUAUCGUCAGAGUCUUCAAGAGGGUUUUUUUCAGCUAAAUAUACCCCCCUGCCCACAAGCCUGAGCUAAGGGCAGUUUGGUUCAAAAAGUAAACACUACAUGAAUCAUCUGCCCUUACUCAAGAUGACCACAGCCAGAAAUGCUAGGGGGUGUUUUUUAAAGUGAUUUCUUAGCAAAUAAAGCAUGGAUAGAUGGGUAAGUUUGCUUUGAAUAUUAAAAAUUAAUUAAAUAUGGUUUGUGGUGCUUAGAGACAGUUUAGUUCCGCUUUAAUUAAGCAGCCUCUUCAGAUCUGAAGAAGCUAAUUGGAUAAAAAGUGAAAUGUCUUCAACAUUACAGAACAAGUCCAGCUGAAUGUGACUGCUAUGCCAUGACCUGGAUAAAUGAGAACCUUUAUAAUAGAUCCAUCAGCUGACUUGAGCACAGCAGAAGAUAACUAAAGGUACUGACAUACAUUUCCACAUCAGAGCCCAAAACUUGUCAGACUGCUUUCCAGUCCAAACUCAUCAUGACAAAAACUGCCUAAUCACCCCCUUUUUAUUAUCCAACAUAAAGCCACUUAAGUCCUGUUGAAUAAGACGUUGUACGCAAGUUUAAACUGUAUUAAUGAAAGUAUCAAAUAAACCUUCAGGGUCAUUUUUACAGCAGUCUAAAGAUUCCCAGUAAGGGACACAGUUAUAGAACAAGGGCAAAUAUCCCUGAUCUCACCAGAACAGCUAAAACUGGAGGCCAAAGCUGCUUUUAUGUACGUUGUAUAAUUUGCAUUUCUUCAUUUCAUAGUAGUUAGGAUUUAGAAGUGAGAAUGCAGCUUACCAAAAACCUGCCACAAGAGAAAAAUGUAAGCUGCUCUCUUCUAAAAUGCUGGUGGCAUGGCUUUAAUGCCGAUGCUUUGUCAAGAAUAAUUUGAGUCUCUGACCAAGUACAGAGAUAAAGGAUUCCAAACACUGAUUCUGCUCGCUCGAAUUACUCUAUCACUGGCAGCUCCCAUGUUUCUCUUAUAGCAGGUCAUGCACUAACCCUCAGCCCCUAACCUGCCAAUUUGCACUCAUACACUUGAUAGGAUGGAAAUAUUUAUUGUUAUUUAACCAACCCUCUGCCAAAUGUGAAAUAUCAUCCAUCAGGGGUGUCCAUGCCUGCUUGUUACAGUCACCUCACUCUGUGCCUGCUGUCUUAUCUCAGGUAAGUGGCCUGCUGGUAUAUUUCAUUAAAAAUAAUACAGCCACAGGAAAAGGACUGAACCACAAAAAAUCCAGCAAGGGCUUAUAGUAAUACCACCAUGUUUGGCUAUAUGAACACUCAAGUAAUUAUUGGUGCAAGUGCUGAUGCUUUAUCUGUAAAAAAAAUUGUAGAGAAGCAAGUGAAUCCUCUACUUAAAUGGUAGUCAUCCCCUCCCCCCUCCAAGAUUGUCCCUUUUCUUAACCACAGAGACCACCUAGCUUAUUAACAGUGAAAAGGAGAGCUGGGUAAUAAAGGUCUCCUGAACACCCGCCAACAAAAUGGCCUUCUCACUGGGUGAUACAGUACUUUGAAGGCCAACAGUACGAUGAGCCCUGGUACAUGGGGAAGUUCCACAACUUAACUACUUAAUCUGAGAAGCAGGCAUGCCAAAGAUUGCUCAUUCUCCAAUGCAUGGUACAUGACAUUGGAGCAGCUAUCUUAUUAGCAAGGUCUUUCGUGACCAGUCUGGUUUUGGAAAAGACCAUUUGCAUGCAGGGUAUGGGGGACUUCCCACUCUACCGAAAGGCCAUGGAUUUAACAGCAUCCCUCAUGACCAAAGUGGGGCAGGUAGUGGCACUACGGUGAACCCAAAUAUUCAGUGUUAGAGGCUGCAUACUUUAAAGGUUUAUUCCUUGGCUACCCAUUGUCAUGUUGCUGUUCUCUGAACACAUUUUAGACUUUUUCCCAUGCAUCCAUCGGUCACCAAAGUGCAAAUGAGCAUUAGCAUCCAUUCACCAUAAAGACCUGCAAUCCGCUUUGGUGACAAUUGUAUGUGCUCUGCAUGCGUGUCAGACAGAUACAGCAGCAUUCGCUCUAUGCUGCCUAUACACACACAUCAGUUCUUAUGAAAUUUUGCAUAAUCAAGGUGAAUCAAGUAUGAAUUACUGGGCAUUCAGCCAUGGUUCUGAUAUGAUUCAGCGCUCAUAUGCCCAAGCCCUUGGCAGCUCUCUGAUGAGGCAGCACAGUAUUCAUUUAGCCAGCAAAGAGUGAAACAGUUUUUCUUCAGCUAGUGGGAGACUGGAUUUCCCCUGUCUCGUAUGGACCACUGCUUUAGGUCUUGUUCUGCUGCUUCUCUGGCCAUUGUGGUUCCUUCUUUAGAUUUUAUUUUUUGCCAAAUCCAGCACUCAAUCAUAGGCCAAAUAGAGGAUGGGAUUAUCCAGCAGGCAGUGCUCACAGUGCUGGUGACAUGUCUGGCUGGGGGAAUUUAUAAUUACAGGGAUGUUUGGAAGAAAAUGUGGAGAUAUCAUAUAUGUACUAACAUAUUUUAUAAAAAAAAUAAAAUAAAAGGCCUUUGGAGAUUAAA